AUGAAGUCAUUAAGCGUACAAGAACCCUAUUUUCAGGAAGGUGUUUACUACAAAAUAAACAAAGUUGAAUGCAAUGGAAACCACAAAUACUUUGCAAAUAUUUCGUGUGUUCUUAAGCCUAUUAAUUGGAAGCGGUCAAUACUAAAUGUUGACUGUGACAUAAUCGGAAAAAUGGCAAAUGCUAAUGUGAUAGUGGAGCCAUUUUAUCGAGACUCCAGCAACUUUUAUAAGCCAUUUAGUUUACAGAUGCGUUAUGACAUCUGUCAACUUCUCGAGAAAUCAAAACCCAAUAAUUUCCUGGAAAGAUAUGCGUUACAUCAUCUGAGAACACACACUAAUAUCAAUCAUAGUUGUCCAUAUACGGGUCACUUAUAUGCUCGUAACUUUACCUUGGAUGAGGUGUCGCUCCCGCCGCUUCCAGUUCAACAAUACAAAAUUUCCUUUAACUUUACGCAAACAAAUCCAUCGACUUAUUUAGGUAACGUAUUACUUUAUUUUGAAUCCCGCGAGGACUAUCGACAAAAGAAACCUAAACUGCACCGAAACUAAGAACCUAAGUGCCUUUGAAUCAUAAGUCAUUUUGAGAUUUAUUGAUGUAAUUACUUUUUUAACUAGGUAAUGGCUUGUUGUUUAAUUUAAGUGAUAA